AUGUCCAAAUUCUACGAAUUGAGUCCCAAAGACGCCAAAGGCGAGCCAUUUCCAUUUGCGCAAUUGAAAGGCAAAGUAGUGUUGAUCGUCAACGUUGCUUCGAAAUGCGGAUUUACCCCUCAAUACGAAGGCUUGGAGAAGCUCAAUAAGGAAUUCGCUGACCGGCCUGUCCAGAUCUUGGGUUUCCCAUGUAACCAAUUCGCGGGACAAGAGCCUGGUUCCAAUGAGCAAAUUGGAGAGUUUUGCAAAUUAAACUAUGGUGUCUCGUUCCCCGUUUUGGGCAAAGUCGACGUUAAUGGCGACAACGCUGAUCCCGUUUACAAGUACUUGAAGAGCCAAAAAUCCGGUUUGUUGGGUUUGACCAGAAUCAAAUGGAAUUUCGAAAAGUUUUUGGUUGAUGAAAAUGGCAAUGUUGUGGAGAGAUUUAGUUCAUUGACCAAGCCAGCUGAAAUCGCGCCAAAGAUCAAGGAGCUUUUAAAGAAAGGUGAGGCAAAGUGA